AUGAGUGCUAAUGACGUUGAUAUGGACGCCGAAUUAGCGCAACUUUUGCUCGAGCAGGAGCAGUUUCUUAAGCAAAAGAAGCCACCAGCAGCGAAAGUGUCGCGUCGCGGUAGUGUACCCAGCGUUUUAUCGCCAGAGAGCAAGAAAAAUGCUUCUAAAUUGGCUCCCGAAGAGGGUUUUCAGGUGCUGAAAAGCGUUGUAGAGCGUCAAGUGACGCCAGAAACUCACCGAAACCUUCAAUUUGGCACUCAAUUGACCGGAUUUCCCGUCGCUACUCGACGUAGUCCCGGUCAAAGUCUUUUUGGUCGUAGACGCCGUGAAGCAAAGACUCAGGAUCAAGAAGAAGAGACAAAGAAACACCAUAUGGACCCUGAAAGUCGAGAUAUUGAUGCAGCGAAUCGAGCCAAGUUGCAGGAAAUGAGCACACAAGAGAUUUUAGAGGCCCAGAAGGAGCUUUUAGGAUCGUUAGAUCCUGAAUUGGUGAAGAAACUGAAGAAUAGAAGGAAGAAGACGGAAAAUAUUGAAGAGGUGAGAAAUGAAAGCUUUAAGACGCAGGUUACAAUUGGGGAAUCGAUAGUAAAGAAUGAAGAUCGUGAGAAAGAAACACUUAUCAAGAAUUUAGCUGCUGUCAAGACGGAGAAAGAGCUGAAAGAACAAGAAAAGUUGCUCACUGUCGAGGAACGAGCGAAAUUGGACUGGACGCAGUCGAUUUCAAAGAAUAGUCGAGUUUCGAGAAAGAGAGUUGCGCAGAUCGCGAAGGAACCGACGAUGGAACGGUUUGAUCUUAAUGGGAAGAUUGUGGAAGCCACGAAUGCCGACAUACCCGUGCACUCUGGAUUGUUUCAUCAUGGGGACGAUCCCGAAAUUGCAGGAUAUACAUUUCCGGAAUUGUUGCAUCUUACACGCAGCUCUGUCGCCAGUCAGCGUGCCAUGGCUUUAAAUAUAGUGGCCAAGGUCUUGCACAAUCGACAGCUCCAGACCCUCGAACGUCGUCGCGUUUCACCGCAAGUAUUGCCUCGAAAUAUAGUGUUGACGCUACGAAUGGUUUUGGAUGAUCAGAACUAUACGGCACUUAGUGCGGGCGUGUCUGCGCUUCAUGCGUUCAUUGUACCGCUUGAAGUCGCUGAAGAUCACUCCUUUACGGAAUUACCGUAUGGAACAAUACUUUUUCCGAACAAAGUUCACGUGCAUCACAAUGUAGUGGAAAAGCAGGGUAAUAGAUUUAAAAAUGCUUUGAAAGAGGUCAUCUACAUUGAUACGACGGAAAAUGACGAUGGAACGAGCAUCAGUGAUGAAGAUUUGGCUUCGCUGGAUCCCGUUCAAGCGCUUCUUCAUAUGAAUUUGAGUACACGGCUUCGGUAUAUUCUUGAAACGAUCCAAUUGCCGGAUCAAGAUGCCACAGAAAAGAUUCUUGAUAUUUUAAUUACAGUAGCUCGUCACUCUCCACGUGCUGCACAAGAGAUCAAUUCAGACGCAAAACUUCUUCUUCUCUUGCAGCGUCAAUUUAUUGAAAAUGAACAGAUACUCACUUUUGAGUCCGACAACAUUCAAGCGCUUCAGCUUUCUGUGAAAACGUUAAAACUUGUGCGAGUACUUUGUCAAGGUGAACGGAGUGUCGCGAUGGCGCUACUUUCGAGUGGUUUAAUUCAAAGCACAAAAGGAUUCUUGGCGCUAAAAGAAGUCCCAACGGGAAAUAUUUGUGAAGCAACGAACUUACUGUUUCAAACUUUGCAAGUGGAAAGUCUUCGAAUUUGGCGAAUUCUUCUCGGUUACGGACUUGAUUUUCACUGUUUUGCGUAUCUAUUCCCUGUUCUUUCAGACUUACUCCAUCAUUCCACCAAUGCACAAAAACUGGCAUUAUUCAAAGCGUUAGAAGCUUUUUGUGCUUUAGAAUUGAAGCAUGAAGCGCAACAUUAUUUUAGUCAACUGAAUUAUUUCCUUGAUGUAGCAAAAGAUGAAGCUAUCAUGAAUUUUCGAUUCUUGUUGACAGCCUCAGAAGUGCUUAAUUUGGAUGUUACUAUGCUCUUAUCGUCAACGCUGAGAUUUCUCACUAUCGCGACCAACUAUGCAGCAAAGUACAAGUUGGAGACAGCUGGAGUCGUACAAGUUUUGAAGCUCGUACAGUCCAGUGACGUGCUCAAGUUGCUUUCACGGCUGACUGAGACAAUAGAGACCCGAGAGUUACUCGUAGCAAUUGUCCGAUUCUACAUGCAAACUGUACACAACGAUUAUUUAUACGAUAACGUGGAUGAUCAUGACGUGCGAACAUUUUUGUGUCAAGUGGAAGAAUCUUUGCUUAUUGCAGCAACUAAUGCUACUACGUCAUCUUUUGAAAUGAAUGCUGUUUUAAUACAAGCAUGCGAACUUGUGGUUCUCGUAGAGGAGUUGGAUAUCAUACAUUUUACAGAUGCGUUCGUACGAAAAAUGUACCACCAAGCUUUGAUUCUUGUACGACGACUGCGAAGUGGAGCAGAGUAUUGGAUAACGCAAUUAUUCGCUCAAGUCUUGUUUCACCCCAAAUUUUUUCAAAGACUUGAAAUCUUUUGUGAUCAAGCAGAGGCCAACCGCAUGAGUCAUGUGCUUCUUCCCAUUUACCAGGCUCUUCUCAACGCCACACGCAACCAAGAGACUCAUUCGAUGCAAUUGUUCACACCCAUUUCCAAUAUUCACAAGAUUUCGUGUCAUUUAUAUCUUCCUCAAGAAGAACAAAGUAGUGACAUUCUCUUUGAUGAUUAUGUGGAUACUGCACUUCAUCAAUUGCUUCCAAAGCUCAUUACACCAAUCUAUCAGUCAAACGAAAACUUACUUUUUACUGGAUUUUUGAAAAAUUUGAAAUGGAAUCAAGAGAUUGAAUCUCAAGAUCAAGUUGCAACAUCUUUUGCAUCGGAUGAACGGCAACUUUUGACAUUUGUUGAAAAACUUGUUGCUGAAUUUACAACAACAUCAUUUGGCAAUUUCCACUUUGCACAAUGUGUGACAUUACUAUUAACGGACGACUUUCCUGUCGACGUGCGUACAUUUGUAUGGAAAGAACUACACGAAUCGCAUCUUUUGCACACACUUGCACCUUUUAAAGACGCAAAGAUUGAGAUUUUAAAACGUUGCACUAGGACAAGUGACGUCAAACUUGUGCCAAUCAUGCAACAAAUUGUGUGUACCACUCGUGUUUCACCUGUACGAGGAGCUUUUGUGUACACUGUAGCAAUACACCAGUUGGUCAUGUACUUAUUUGCUCAAAAUGAUGGAAAUACAUUUGGUGUUGCACGGCAACAAUUAAUUCAGACUCUUUUAAACGAAGCGUCACCUACCAUUUGGGGCCAUCUCUUAAGCUACAAUGUCGUCGACAUCUCAAUACUCAGUGAAUCACAUGACGUCAUUCAAAUCGAACGCGUGAAGAAACUUCGAUCGCAAGCUUUGUUGUCUUCCGAUCAGUUGCUUACAUUUGACGCCACCAUAUCGUUACUAUGCCACUAA